UCAUGACUCAAUUAUUUUAAACAAUUACUAUUACUUUUAUCAGCACUGAUUAAACAUCUCUUUUUGUUCUGAUUUUCAAACACAAAGGAAAUUUAGAAGGCUUCAGCGAAGGUUAAGAUUUCUUUUAGAGAUGGCACCGAUUCGAAAAGUAGCGGUUAUUGGAGCUGGCAUCGUUGGAAGUUCAUCAGCAUUAAUUGCAAUAGAAAAAGUGCCAAACAUUGAAGUGACACUCAUAUCAGAAACAUUCAGUCCAUUCACGACCGGUGACGGAUCAGCAGGAUUAUGGAAGCCAUAUUUGUUGGGCAACGUUGCUCCAGAAAGAUUGAGAUUUUGGUUAACAAAAACAUUUAAUUUUCUUCAAGAUAUUUUUAUGUCUGAAAAUGCAAGUGAAUGUGGUGUAGGACUGUUACCAUGUUACGAGAUUUCUACAACUCCAUUAGAAACACCUACAUUUAAAGAUAUAUUUCUAGAUUGGAGGCCUAUGAAUUUAAAAGAAAUGGCUCUAUUUCCUUCUCGUUAUAAAUAUGGAGCUUUUAUGACUACUUAUUUUGCGGAAUGUACAAAACUUAUUCCUGAACUCCUCAAAAAAUUUAAAGAACGUGGAGGCCAAAUAAUAAAACAAAAAGUGGAAAAUUUUUCUGAAUUAUGUGGAAAGUAUGAUGUAGUGAUCAAUUGCAGUGGAAUAGGAGCUACUGGCCUCACACAUGAUCCAGAAUUGAAACCAAUAAGAGGACAGGUUAUCAGGGUCAAAGCUCCUUGGAUUAAAUACGCAGUAAUGGAUCCAGAGUUUUAUAUAUUACCAAAUGCAGAAGAAACCAUUUGUGGAGGCACGAAGCAAGUGGGGGAUUGGAACUUGGACAUUGUUCCUAAGGAUCGUGAAAGAAUUCUAUCAGGAUGCACAGAUCUAUAUCCUAGUUUAAAAAAAGCGCAAGUUGUUAGAGAGUGGGUUGGAUUAAGACCUGGUAGAAAUGAACCCCGCAUAGAAAGAGAAACAAUUAAGACUGUAAAAGGAACAAUCGAAGUUAUACACAAUUAUGGUCAUGGAGGAUCCGGUGUUACCAUUGGAUGGGGUUGCGCCCAUGAGGCUAUAACACUCUUAGAAGAUGCUCUGAACGAUAUCAACCUAAACAACAUACGUUCGAAUCUAUGAAAAGAGAAAUCUUAGCUAUCUAUUUUACCAAUAAAACUCAGAAAGCUAUUUUAAAUACAAACUGUUACAAUUAUUAGUAAAAAUAAAAGCCUUCAACUAACA